AUGGUUGACUUGCUGCUGGUACUGCUUGCUUGGAUGGGAUGCAAAGCCCACAUUGACAACUGUAGGGUUAGAAAUCCAUACCCUCCGCUUCACAAGUAUCAUCAGCCAGGAGACCUCAUCAUUGGUUGCAUUGCUACUUAUGGUCUCUUUGUCUCCAGUCCAACAGCCUUCACUCAAGAACCCAGUCAGCCAUCGUCAGAGGAAAUUAUGGUACUUCCAAAGCAUUACCAGCACAUCCUGGCCUUGGUGUUUGCAAUAAAAGAAAUCAAUGAAAACCCUCAGAUCUUACCCAAUGUCACCUUGGGCUUCCACAUCUAUGAUAGCUGUGACAAUGCAAGGAAGACCUAUCAUGCCACAAUGCUACUGUUGACUACACUGGAAAACGUUGUACCUAACUAUGUUUGUGAUAUCCAGAAUACACUAACAGCAGUUAUUGGGGGACUGGAUGCUGAAAUCUCACGAUAUGUGGCAAAUAUCUUGGAUAUCUAUAAGACUCCACAGCUCAUCUAUGGCCCUGCUCCCGUGAUGAACACUAAAACUCCAGGCCUUCCUUUUUACCAAUUGGCCCCUAAGGAAGCUCUUCAGUAUGAGGGAAUUCUCUCUUUACUUCUCCAUUUCAGGUGGACAUGGAUAGGGAUUGGUGCUAUGGAUAAUGAUAAUGGAGAAAGAUUUCUACAGGUGGUUAUUCCACUGUUUUCUAAGAGGGGUGUCUGCUUUGCCUUCAUAGAAAGAAGCCCCAAAUUAAGUUUUGACACUGAAAUUAAUGAGGCAUUUAUGCAGGGGGCAAAAAUACAUGAUAAAGUGAUGGGCAGCAAAGCCAAUGCAGUGGUAGUCCAUGAAGAAUCUUAUUCCACGGCAUUAUUUCUCUUCCUUCCAUAUGUAUCAGACCAGGAGGUCAUGGUAAAGGAAGUGAAAGGAAAAGUAUGGAUAACAACAGCACAGGCAGAGUUCACUUUACUCGUCCUACAAAGGAAUUCUGAUACAGAAAUAUUCCAUGGCACUAUAUCCUUCAGAAUCCACUCCACUGACAUACCGGGAUUUCAGCAGUUUCUGGAGAGCAGAAACCCUUCUAGCUCUAGAGAAGAUGGUUUUAUCAGGGAUUUCUGGCAACAAGCCUUUGGCUGUUUAUUCCCAGAUAGCUUUGUGGGCAAGGCGGAUGGAGACAUUUGCACAAGGGAGGAGAAGCUGGAAAGCCUUCCUGGAUCAUUCUUUGAAAUGAGCACGAUUGGACACAGCUAUAGCAUCUACAAUGCUGUCUUUGUGGUGGCCCAUGCCCUACAUCAUGCCUUGACAUUUUCUAAGGCCAAACAUGGUGCAAUAAUGGAUGGAGGGGAACCCAAACUUCAGAAUCUACCAUUUGGGCAGUCCCGGCCCCUUUCUCAGUGUUCGGAGAGUUGCCGACCUGGUUCUCACAAGAAAAUGAAGGAGGGGGAGCCAUUUUGCUGCUAUGAUUGUGUCCCGUGUCCAGAAGGGAAGAUUUCAAACCAGGAGGACAUGAAUGACUGCCAUGAAUGCACAGAGGAAAACUAUCCAAAUGAAAAACAGGAUGCCUGCGUUCGCAAGACGGUAACCUUCUUGUCUUAUGAAGAACCAUUAGGAUUUAGUUUAGCCUCUUUUGCAGUCUCAUUUUCAUUGACUACAGCUCUGGUGUUGGGAACCUUUCUGAAGCACCACAACACUCCCAUUGUCAAAGCCCACAACCGGGACCUCACCUACACUCUGCUCAUCACCCUCUUUGUCUCCUUUCUUUGUGCAUUGCUGUUUAUUGGCCGUCCUCAGAAGGUGACCUGUCUCUUCCGACAAACAACUUUUGGACUCAUCUUCUCAGUGGCAGUUUCUUGUGUGCUGGCAAAAACUAUCAUGGUGGUUCUGGCUUUCACAGCCACCAAACCAGGGUCUAGGAUGAGGAAGUGGGUGGGGAAAAGACUGGCCAUCUCCAUUGUUCUUUUCUGCUCCCUCAUCCAAGCAAGCAUCUCUACCUUCUGGCUGGCCACCUGUCCACCUUUCCCAGAUAUGGACAUGCACUCAGUGGCUAAAGAAAUUGUGCUACAGUGUAAUGAACAGUCCGUGACUCUGUUUUACUGUGUUCUGGGCUACAUGGGUUUCCUGGCGAUUGUGAGUUUCACCGUGGCUUUCCUUGCAAGGAAGCUCCCUGACAGUUUCAAUGAAGCCAAGUUUAUCUCUUUCAGCAUGUUGGUCUUCUGCAGUGUGUGGAUAUCCUUUGUUCCAUCCUAUCUGAGCUCUAAGGGAAAAUACAUGGUAGCUGUGGAGAUCUUUUCUAUUUUAGCCUCAAGUGCUGGGUUGUUGUUUUGUAUCUUUUCCCCAAAAUGUUACAUUAUAGUGUUGAAACCUCAGCUGAACAAGAAGGAACAGUUAAUGAGGAGAAAAGAUGGAAGAAGUGUAUAA